AUGGGAACCGUGCUGUCUUUGUCACCUAGCUACCGAAAGGCGGCUCUCUUUGAGGAUGGACCGGCCACUGUGGGCCACUACACAGCUGUCCAGAACAGCAAGAACGCCAAAGACAAGAACCUGAAGCGCCACUCGCUCAUCAACGUCCUCCCAUGGAAGCGGAUUGUAGCAGUGUCAGCCAAGAAGAAGGGCUCCAAGAAGGUGCAGCCCAACGGCAACUACCAGAACAAUGUCACCCACCUGAACAACGAAAACCUGAAGAAGUCGCAGUCCUGCGCCAACCUGUCCACCUUCACCCAGGAUCAGAGCACUCCAGCUCUCACCAAGAGCUCCAACAACACAGCAUCGUCUGUCAAGAAGGCCCCUCUGGCUAACUCCAAUGUGGCCCCCGGGACCCCAAAGAGAGUGAUUGUCCAGGCCUCCACUAGUGAGCUGCUGCGCUGCCUGGGGGAGUUUCUGUGCCGGCGUUGUUACCGGCUGAAACACCUGUCACCCACUGAUCCUGUGCUGUGGCUGCGCAGCGUGGACCGCUCCCUGCUGCUGCAAGGCUGGCAGGACCAGGGAUUCAUCACCCCUGCAAACGUGGUCUUUGUCUACAUGCUGUGCCGUGACGUGGUCUCCUCCGAGGUGGCCACGGAGCACGAGCUGCAGGCCGUGCUGCUCACCUGCCUCUACCUGUCUUACUCCUACAUGGGCAACGAGAUCUCCUACCCACUCAAGCCCUUCUUGGUGGAGAGCUCCAAGGAGACCUUCUGGGACCGCUGCCUGUCCAUCAUCAACCUGAUGAGCGCCAAAAUGCUCCAGAUCAACUCUGACCCGCACUACUUCACUCAGGUGUUCGCCGACCUGAAGAAUGAGAGCCAGAAGGAGGAGGAGAGGAGCCGCUUGCUCAUCGGCCUGGACCGGAGGGUGAGGGCCAUCGCCUGACUGGCUUUCUUCAUGCAUCAAGGAUGAACAGGCGUCCCCCCCCCACCCCCGGCUGCAAACCCUGGCUCUUUGGAAUGCCAACAACCCCUCGUCUCCUCCAUUAAUAUGGAUACGACUGGACUUUUUCUUUUUUUUUUUUUUUUUUUUUUGCUGCAAUGCAUAUCUGGCCAUCUAGGAUAGAACAGCAGAGGCCCGUCAAUGCUGGAUCCAUAUUUUUGUGGGUUUCUGUUUGUGGCUCUAUUACAGCAGGACAUAUACAGAACUGGAUGGACUAUAAGCAAACAUUGCAUUGUGGGACUUUUGAUAAAUAAAAAAAAGACAACAGUCAGAGGAUGUAUGGCCUUUGAUGAAUGGUCAUACUGUGUGUGUUCAGAAAUACCUACUUUAUUUUCAUCUAGAAAAAAAAUAAAACAAGUUAAUGGAUGUUUUACUCCCCAGAGGUUUUACACCUAUGGAGGCUUAUUUAUUGCUUUUCUGGAACAAGUUUUCUUUCAUUUUUCUUUUUCUUUUUUUUACCUAGAAAAAUGUAAUGUUUUGCACGUGUGCCAUGCAAUUUUACAGAGUUUCCAGGAGGGCAGGAGCAAUGAUUACUUUACUUUCUUUUUACUUGAUUUGUAAACCAACUGCAUCUGCAUUAGAGAAUGCUGUGAACAAAGUGACACUAGUUUAUUUAGCUAUGCUUGCUAAAAUAGGCUAUUUGUUUACCAGGGAAUUCUUUUUGUACUUUUGUCGAUAGGUUGUGUUGCAACCACUUUGGAAUGAUGUUUGAUUUUGUGCUUAUGAUUCAGCAUAGAAAAUGUUAAAACAGUGCCAUAUCUUUGAUGAAAAUCCCACAGGACACUCUGAAAUACUGCAGCGUAUGUCCGGUUGUUGAAUGAUGGGGUGGAUUUUCAUCUACUAAUAACUACUUACUGACACCUAAUUUAUUUCCAUUUGCAUAUUUAUUAUUUUUGGCACAUUCAAUGUAAAUGAAAGAUCAUGAUGAAAAGACUUUGGAGAAGGGAAGGACAUGAGAAGGGGUUUUGUUGGUAUAGCAGGUGUGCUUAUCUUUGGUGGGAAUGAAGAUUGAUCCUGGUUUAUGCAAAUGAAUGUUGCAGGGAUUUUAUCGAUGAAUAUCUAAUUAAAGCCCUUAGAUCAAAACCAAUGUUAAAUCUGACCAUCACCAAAGUGACAUCAUCAAGGACACCUUGACAGAACAACACAUCACUGGCCUUAUAUGGACCUUAAGAAAAAAAUGCCCUGAAAACAUCUUUUUUGUCCUGCACGAGGAGCCAAAACCAACCUGCUGUCCCACAUAUCACAGAGAGAGAGAGAGAAAGCACAGACAUUUUUUUCAAUGACACUCGUUCAGCAUCAAUGCAGAAAAGCACAGCUUACCUUGAGGAUAAUCCAUCAGCAUCGCCUCGGUGUAAAUCAAACGUGAGGUGACGUCACAUUCAUCCGUGGGCUGGAAGGAGAUGAGUUAGAUUGCAUUUGACCUUCAUAGGAAUCAUUUCAAUCAGAGGAGCCGCCAGACUUAAAUGACAGACUCCAACAGACACCAUGGCAACCAAAAGCUAGAAAGCAUGCAGGACAUUUGAGAUAUGCGGCUUUUUAUUUUCAUAUGUAGGGAAAUAGUUAAAGCUAUCUCUGUAAUGACUGCAAUCACUGCUGAGGGGAAAAUGAAGUCAAUGUUACGAUCAAACACAGCCACAGUAUAGAUAACAGUAAGGAAAAUGUGUUUACUGGUUCUCACAUCUCAUCUCAAUGCAGACAAAUUGUGCACACUCUAUCAGAGAAAAUGAGCAGCUCUGACGGUCACAAUCUGUGGCCUCCUCUGCUGUGGGACUGCGGCUGCCAUAUGGAGUUAGUUUGGAGCGUUUGUACCGGCACAAUAGGGGGGGGGACAUGCACUUUGGAUGGGCUUCUGCUCUGGCAGAAAAAAAAACAAAGAAAAGCAGGGCAUCAAAACGAGACCACGUAUCUUUUUUCUCUGUGUCCACUUGCCCCCCGACUUCACUUGAAAUGUGCCAAUUUUUUUUUGUUUUUUUCCCACUUGCAUCAUUGAGUAGUCGUUUGAGAAAAAUACUUUCAAAAGCUUAUAAAAUAUGAAAAAAGACUCAAAAGUGAUAGUUAAAAGAUUUCUGUCAAAUUCAUUUUUCUGUAUCUUGUUGCGUACUUUGUAGAUAAAAAAAACAAAAAAAUGAACCAGUGGUUAUGAACUUUGAAAAAGAGAGGCAUUCGAUGGCUGCAUGUGUGCGUGAAUGUGUGAAUGCACGUGUGUGUGUGUGUGUGUGUGUGUAUAUGUGUGAAUGGCAGCGUUUUAUUUGUACAGAAGAAUGUGUGACAUGUUUUCUUAUGGACAAGGAACAUACACCAACCACACUGGUACUAGGAUUCGGUUUUUCCCUUGGUGGGUGAGGGAGGGGUGUCGACGCUGUUCAAUAAAAAUGUUCUUUUUUUUGAAAAAUACAAAAAAGCUG